AUGCCUGCAUACGCAGACAAUUAUCCUGCAUCUACAAACAAUGGCCCUGUUAUUCUCACUAUAGACGGUUUAAAUGAGGAGUCUUGUGAAACUGAAUAUACCAUGGAAUUAGAUGCUAUGGAUACCGAAACAGACUCAUUAAACGUCGUUGACAACCAAAUUGAUGAUAUAAUGGCUGUUGAUGUACAUACCGACACCUUCCCUUCAAGUGUACUCAUCCUCGAUACGAACAUUCUGAUAUCCAAUCUGGAUUUCCUCAAAUCUCUCCACUCUCUCCUUCGCUCAAACCUCUGUCCACCAUUCGGUAUCGUCGUACCUGAUAUCGUCAUACGCGAACUCGACGCACAGAAAGAUAGCAAUCGUGGUAUAUCUCAUUUAUCACGCGCAGCACUAAGUUGGUGUCUUGAUUGUGCUAAAUCGAGCAAUAGUCUGGUUAAAUUUGAGAGAAGCAGUCUAAUUGAUGCUGAGAAUGAUGAUAGAAUCAUCGGUUGUGCAGCUCAUCUUCAAUCUAAAAUCGUUGUCUUGCUCUUUACGAAUGAUAAAUCUCUGGCUAUCAAAGCCGAGAGUGUUGGCAUUCAAACAAUCUCGACUUCAGAAAGUGAAAUUUCUCACCUACGUGAGAUAGCAGGUGACAAGUCUUCUCAGGCGUCUAGAUAUUCAAGCUAA